AUGGCACAGAGAGGAGACAGCGUGUCGUCGGCGUCCUUGUAUCUCAGCAGACAACGGUGGGAAACACUGAAGUCUGUUGAAGACAAGCAGGCAGAGUACGAAUCCCUCUACAGUAAAGUACAAUGUAUGGAAAACGACAUGAAGCUUUUGGAGGAAAAAACCCAGGCCCUUGAACAGAGCAGGGAGAACGUUAUUCAAGCGAAACAACAGGUCAUGGACGAGAAGGAAAAGGUGACUGCCGAGAAAGACAAAGCUGAAGAAGAACGAAGGAGCGCAACAGUAGAGAGAGAAGAAGCUAUCGAGGAGAGGGACCGUGCCAUGGAAGAGAAAGAAGCAGCGAUCAGAGAGAGAGACCGCGCCGUAGAAAUGAAAGAAGCUGCGAUUGCAGAUAAAGAUGCAGCGAUCGCACAGCGGGACCGUGCCUUCGAAGAGAAGCAAGCUUCGAUUAAUGAAAAUGAAAGAGCGAUUGCUGAGAGGGACCUUUCCAUAGAAGCAAAAGAAGCUGCGAUCGCGGAAAAAGAAGCAGCGAUCGCACAGCGAGACCGUGCCUUUCAAGAAAAGCAAACGUUCAUUGCCGAAAAAGAAAGAGCGAUUGCUGACAAAGAUCGUGCCAAUGAGAAGAUGAAAGAGGCGAUCGCUGAGAGGGAUCUCGCCAUAGAAGCAAAAGAAGCUGCGAUCGCGGAAAGAGAAGCAGCGAUCGCACUGCGAGACCACGCCUUCGAAGAGAAGCAAACGUCGAUUGCCGAAAAAGAAAGGGCGAUCGCGGACAGAGAUCACGCCACAACCUCUGUGGAGCUCCUCCGGCUCCGUGGAGGUUGCUUGUGCAGCCCUCCAGCUGCCACGCACUAUGACUACAAACACUUGGUUCUCGUCACCUUCAUGGAUUUGUUAGAACUCCAUGAAGGAGCUCCUCUCGUAGAGGACAAACAUACCGAGCGGCUAGGGCUGAACAAGCAGCUCUACGCACUAUGA